AUGUGCCACAAGAACCGCGGUCCUCGUUGCUCAACCUGCCACAAACCAGCUCCUCGCCAUCGCUGCCACUGUCCCGCCAAAUACGCCGCCAAGCCGUCUAUCAAUAAUACCCAGCAUGAUGUCCUCCCGGCCUACGCCGCGAUGACCGACCCGCAGCCAUCGAAAUCGUCUCCAUUGCCUAUCUCUGUGCAAUCACGCUUUGGAGGUCACGGUUCUGGCUGCCGAAGACGACCUUGCCGUGGUCCGAUCCACUUCCUGGUCAGCUUGGUGAUUCGCAAGUCUCAGGAGAAGAAGGAGAGAGAGAGUUUGGCUGCCAAUUUGAGCGAUGAGACGGAGAGCGAGCAGCAGGAGAGUGGGGUAGUUGAGACGGUGGAUGAGAAGCAGAUGAAGAAGGGAUGUGUGAAGGUAGAGGAGAAGGACGAGGAUGUGAAAGUCUUGACAAGGUCGGUUAGUGGCAUGUCUUUCCCCACGGUAUCCGAAAUUACUCAUCAUCCUGGUUGGGCCACUGGCGCAGAUGCUGUAAGAGAUGGACCAGGGCAGGCACCGAGGUCAGUCUAUGAGGAAAGGACAAGCGGAGAGAAAGGGAACAAGACCAAAAAAGCCGAGGCCAGUGGCAAGGGGGGUGCGCACCUCGGCGAAGCGCUAUACGAGGCGGUCUCGAAAGGAAAUGCGAAGCUCAUUGGCUUGCUCCUUGACCACGGCGCGAACGCCAACGCACGCCCUCCCUGCGCAAAGCCGGCGUUGACCAUCGCAGUGGAAAAAAAGAAUUUCGAGGUCUUGAAGAUGCUAUUGGAGCAAGGGGAGCCAGAUUUGGAAGCAAGACCUCCUGCAGGAGAGACGGCACUGUACACAGCAGUCUCUAAAGGGUACACGGACAUGGUUGAGUUGUUGCUUGAACACGGAGCCAACGUUAAUGCAAAGCCGGACGGAGGCAAACCAGCGCUGCUCGUGGCAUACUCAAAAGGACGCAAGCAGAUCUUGGAAACUCUGUUGCAUGCUCCAGAGCUCAAUGUUGACGCAACACCGCCUGGGGGAGUCGCGACGCUAUGGCACGCAGCGGAACAGGGUGAUGUGAAGGUGGUACACAUGCUUCUGAGCAACGGGGCCAAGGUUGACGUCAAACCUCCCGGUGGCUCGGCGGCCAUGUACCGCGCUGCUGUUCGGCAAGACUUGGCGACUGCAGGCCUACUUCUCCAGCAUGGCGCUGAUGUCAAUGCAACACCGCCCGGUGGAACGACUGCGUUGUGGCAUGCAGCCUCCAAGGGUGACGAGUUGAUGGUGCGGCUGCUGUUGGCGCACAAUGCUGAUCUCAAUGCGAAGCCACCUGGAGGGAAGACCGUAUUGACUCAGGCAAUCAAGAAAGGUAAUAGUGAGGUGGCGCGAAUACUACUUGAACACGGGGAUUGUAGGAAUCUUGGAUAA